UAAAAUCGUAAGAAUAAAGAUAUACACUAACGAGCUUGUUGGCUUUUGCGGGGGCGACGAUGAAGGAGGAUUUUUGAAAUAUGACAGAUAGUCUUUGUGACAGAUAUCUACGCUUGGGUUUUUGAUGAUUUUGGUUUCUUAAGACGUAAUACUUAAUAAAUUAAUAAUUUUAAAGUAAAAAUUAAAAAAAAAUGGUUCGUUGUAAUGUGAAAGGUUGUACAAGAACACAAAAACAAGAUAAAAAUCAUUCAUUCUUUUCUGAGCCGAAAAAUUUAAUGAUACGAAAGCAAUGGAGAAAAUUUGCUGGUAUUACGAAUAAUCCAAAAGAUUUUCGCAUUUGUUCGGAUCAUUUUGAAUUGUCCUGUUAUCGAAAGAGAACACCACCACGUUGGUUGUUAUAUCGAGAAGCAGUCCCAACGAUUCGUAUGGGAGAGGAUCAUUCUUAUGCAUCAUCUGCAGGGACUCAUUCAUCAUCAAAUGCUUCAGCAACAAUUUCUUCACCGACACCAUAUCAACCAUCGCCUACAUCUACUAUUAGAACAUCAGAUCAACCUAGUAUUUCCGCAUCUAUAGAUUAUUCGCAUAACUCUGUUACGUUGAAUACAGCAGACAAAGCGACGAUGUAUGUUCAAGAAAACGUUUCUUCUUCCAGUACACCAGUGUUUAGCGAAAGCAUACCAAAAAAUUUCAAUAACUUUAACACAAUCGGUAUAUGUUCUUCACCCGUUAGUAGUAAGCUAAGUUCAUUAAAUGCAAAAGUGUCUCCAAACUCACGUUCUCAACAAUCAUCAAGAUUAUUAAUGACUUCAUCGAAAAAAGUGAGUCGAGUACCAAGAACAUUAGUUUUCAAAAAUUCUACUGUUCCACCAAAAGAAGCAGUAACUUCGCCUUCUAAGUUACAUCAUAUGAAGAGUAGUACAUCAUAUAAUCAAUUAAGAAUAAGAAAUAAAGUUGAUCGUCAAGUGCAAUUAACACCAAAGUCUUCACGUAUUAAAAUAAAGAUCGUUUGUUAG